UUUUCUAUGUAAAGAGUCGCAAGACGGAGGUAUAUGACAGUUGCGCACACGUUUUUUUAGACGUUGUGUCAAGUUAAAAAAGAACGUUUGAAAACGCCUCUCCAGACAUCUGCGUUCCGGUAUAUUCGUUACGUUGCGAAUUCGGUUUGAACGCCCCCUACUCCAGCAAAACAUCUUACACAAAAUCAGCGCCACAACCAAAAGAUAUGAAUAACUGAUUAGGCGUACGGCGCCUAACAUAAGUAUGCUGAAGAAAGCAGUUCCAAAUAUAUCCAUGCCAUGUGUCUGCAUCCUGGUAAUGUUAACCUACAUUCAUAAUAAACCAGCUUCCUGUCUCUCUGCCGCAGUCAUUAAAAGGGAAACGUGCAGAAACUAGUUCCAAUUCAACGAGCAAAACGCGUCUACACAAACACAUCCCGCGCACUGGAUCAUUCUCUACUCAUGUUUAAGAUUCGGAUCGGUUGGUCAGAAGCCCUUUUCUGUCUCUAAAAGUCCGUUUUAUGCUGGUCUGAUGUCAGAUUUUCCCCUCUUGCCCUCAGAGGGGGAGGAUCUAACCGCGUUGAGUCACGCAGCUGUCAAAGAUAGCUGUCACCCAAUUUCCACAUCAAACACACACACACACUGAAUGAGAGACGCACAGCCUGUCGCAGGUACUCCGACAAUGUGUUGCGUCUCCGACAAAUGAAAAACGCGCUCCGCGGCUAUUCUUCGAUAAAAGAAAUACCCGCGAUACAUCAUAACAAUCUGGAGUAAUACAGUUUUGUGAUUGAAGCGAGGAACAACCAACGCUUUGGGAAUAAAUUCGACCUCCUCGUUGCCAACGUGAAAAGGGGAAUUUUGACGGACAUGAAGACCAAAAAGGGUAUACUGGCAAUGUCUGGCAGCGAGACAGAUGAUGAGGACAGUUUGGACGUGCCUCUGGACCUCUCUUCAAACGGAGGAGUGUCAGGGAAGAGGAAGAGGAGAGGAAACUUGCCCAAAGAGUCAGUACAGAUACUUCGGGACUGGCUCUAUCAACACCGCUACAAUGCCUAUCCAUCAGAGCAGGAAAAGGCCCUGCUCUCAAAGCAGACCCAUCUCUCCACACUACAGGUGUGUAACUGGUUUAUAAACGCUCGGCGGCGACUGCUUCCUGAGAUGCUCCGGAAAGACGGCAAAGACCCCAACCAGUUCACCAUCUCCCGAAGGGGCAGCAAGGGCAGCGAGAUGCUCAGCGACAACUCCCAGUCCCCCAAACACGGCCUGCUCGCUAACGGAGAAGACCGCAGCGGCUAUGAGCCUGGCUCACCUCACCCGACCAGCAACACACCCAUGUCUAACGGUUUCCCCAAAAAGACCCUGUCCUCCAAAACACCCCCCUCACCUGGACCUGUCUUACCCAGACCCUCCGUCAUCUGCCACACCACCAUCACCACAGCCACGCAAGGUAUCGGCACGGCAACCCAAGGCACACGAGUGCCAGGUCUAGGCGUAGAGGGAGCCACAGAGCUGCCAGUCACAGAAGCAGCGGCCCUGUUCGGGUGUCGCGGGAGCAUCGGGGUUAGCAGAGAGGGGAAUGUCAGUCCUCAGAGCGGUCUGUUCAACACCCCACCGCCCACCCCACCCGACCUCACCCAGGACUUCAGUGGCUUCCAGUUGCUGGUUGAUGUGGCGCUGAAGAGGGCUGCAGAAAUGGAGCUGCAGGCAAAACAGCUUCUCGCCUGAAGACGGGCGGAGGACAGAAAAGAUGGAUGGACAGAUGAAAGAGCUUCAUCUAUGUUUCUUUCUAGCUCCCCAAUCUCUUACCCCCCUAAAACUCCAAACUCCACAGGGAGUUCAAAAAACUUGACUGAGCAACAGAAAGCAAACAAGCAUGGCCUGAUCAUUUCUAUUUUUGGUAAUUGUAAAUCAAAUUGAUGAGGAUUCCUUUAUGUAAAGCAUUUCAAGGUGCCUUGGCAGUCAGUUCUUUUUUUGUAUUCCAUAUAUAUGUAAACACAUAUGUAUCUUUUUUUGUUUUGUACACAGGGGACCAAAACCAAACACAGUAAAACAACUUCCUGUCUUUCCUUUAUUGGAGAAGACAAGUGCUUCUCCACUUCUCCUCAUACCUCAUGAGUCUUUCUUUCUCGUUUUCAGAGAUUUUGCUCUAUGAUUGUCGAAUUUGCCUCAUUUUUUUAGAAAACGCGUAUUGUUUAUUCUGCCGCCUCUUUUUUUUCUUCUUUUUUUUUUGUUGCACAAAACGGCAGGUCAUCUCAGUAUCCUAUCAACUCUAGCUUACUCUCCUACAGACUGUAAUCACUACUGCACCGGGUCAUUCUGUGUCUCGUAUAUGUUCAGUUUUUGUAUUGUUUUUGUUGUGAAGUUUUAAAUGCUGUCUUUAGUAUGUUUAUUUUCUUUCCUUUCAUUUAUAUUGAGGGAUAUUCAGAUGUAGCAGAACUAUAGUCUGAGAUUUCCUCUGAAUACUCAGUAUAGAAACGGCCAGUGAAUGUGCCCACAUGCUCCCCAACCCUUCCCCUUAACAUACACACACACACACAUACUCAUUCAAAUACACACUUUGGACAAGUGAGCUGGAAGAAUGAACACUACAUGAAUUGUACUAAAGUUUUUUUGUUUUUGUUUUGUUUUAUCAAGUUGAGACCACUUUCAGAGGAUAGAUGGAAAGAAUGGCUUUAUGUCACCAAAUAUAUUCAUUUAAAGGUUUUGGGACCUUAGAACAGUGCAUUUACAGUAGCCAGUGUGACAUGAUGCCCAAUUAUGUGACUUCUCCUCCUUACUGUGCAAUGUAUGUGGCAAAUAGGGGUCACAUGGUGUUUAAAUAAAGUUUUGUUUUCUACAAAAAAGGGCCUCCAUCUU